AUGACCCCUGAAUUAUGGGGUACAGAAUUUGUAUCCUUUCGAAGUGACUGUCACAUUCCUAUGCGAAUUUCACUUACAACUAAAAUUGAUUGUUUCGAUGUUGUUCUAAUACAGGAUGUAAACGAGAUUCGCCCGAUGUACUUUAUAUUCAGCAUAGGGAGGACGAGUUGUGAUACUUUCACGUUGUCACACUGGACAAGAAUACGUACACAGGGUUUUGUAAUUUCUCGAGGUAUGAUUGCGCGUGAGGACACCUUGAAUUCAGCGGGCGGGGCGGAUUCAGUUGAGUAUAAAAUAGUUGAGCCAGUCCCAUAUUCUUCACUCGUUCUUCACUCACCGAAGAAAGACAUUCACCAAUUAUUAAAAAUGUUCAAACUCGCUUGCAUCUGUGCUGUUCUGGCUGUGGCCUCAGCUGGAAUUGUUCCUGCUGCACCGAUCGUAGCUGCAGCACCAGUGGCAGUAGCUCCAGCACCAUUCGUCACGUCCAGGAGUAGUCAAGUUGUUGCAAGAAAUUACAACACUCUUGCUGCAGCCCCACUGGCUUACACCGCUCCAGUUGCUGUACCUAGUGCAGUUGCUGCACCACUUGCUUACUCAGCACCAGCAAUUGCCAGUCCCUAUGCGUACCCAUACGCUGCAUACAGUGCCCCAUUGACUUAUCCCGCUGCAGCUGCUGCACCGCUUCUCCUCAAGAAACAUUUGAAAUUAAUGUAUCCUAUCAUAAUACUUUACGGUAGAAUAGAUUUUAUUACGAUGAAAAUAGAACGAUCAAUAUCAUCCCUAUGCGUUUAUGCGAAUUUUUUUUUCUAUAAUCAGAUGAUUCACGAUUCUCGGCCGAAUGAAAGUACAAUGUCCUGGAAUAAUUUUUUUAUGAAACGCAGGGUAAGCUUUAGAGACCCCCAGAUUACCCCCAUGUUGAAUAAAUUUUCUCGUGAAAAACUAGUGAAAUGGAGUUCCCUCGAGGAUUACUUGACUCGUUCGUUGUCAAGUAAACCCCUGCAGAAUCCACACGAGAGAAUGAUUCACAUUUGCUCUCGCUUCAGUCUUCUCUCGAGAAAUUAUUUAUCGGGACAAACACCCGUCAGAUACUUGCCUUUGAGCGUCAGUGAGAAUCACUCUAGCAUCAUGGCAUUCAACAUUGUGGGGAAAAUCGUGGUUUUGGUGGCUGUUUUCGGUGUCACAUUGGGAGGAAUUGUUCCAGCAUCUCCAAUAGUAUCUGCUCCAAUAGUCGCAUCGGCCCCCAUCGUAUCCGCUCCAGUAGUAGCUCCAGCUGCAGUCGGAUACGCAAGAGCUGUACCUCAGAAUAUUCCACCAUUCGCAUCAAGAGUCGACAUCAACACUAGAGCCCUUGCAUCACCACUCAUCGCUGCUCCAGCAGCUCCACUCAUCGCCUCUCCAGCAGCUCCUCUUGUCGCCGCUCCAGCGGCACGAGUAGUCGCCACUCCAGCAGUUGCAGCCACCGCUCCGUUCGUUCCCGCAGCAGCCGCUUACUCAGCCCCCAUCAUAGCAGCCCCCGGCGUCUUCGGGGCGACCUAUUCCGGAAGUUUGGCUGCACCACUCGCUCAGUACGCUGCCACCGCCUAUGGACCCGCAGUCCUUGGCUGAUUAAAUUUAUGGAUGUCCAAUGUUCCAAUUGUAAAUCACCUUGCCACUGAAACUCGAUUCCUCGUUCACUGAAUAA